AUGGCAUCCUCCAAAAAUAAAAGUUUCCUCAAGAAAAAGCGCUACUCUGAGCCUGAUGUGGUUGUCAGCAGCCUGAGGAAGGAGAAUGCCUAUCUGAAGAAGACCCUGGUUGACUUGUCUCGCCAGCAUUCAGAACAUUACAAGCUACUGGAGAAGUUCCUCUCUCUUGAAACUGUAAGGCUGGAGAAAGAUGAGAAGACUGCUUUGCCAUCAGAGCAGUUCAGUAAGAAAGGAGGGGACCUGGCUGGCGUAGCAUCAAUGAGGACAAUAUCCGCUACCGCCAGAGAGGUGGAAGAAAUCAAGAACAAGAUUGUGAGCGUCUCAACUAGGUGUCAAUCUCUUGAGAACAAAGUUACAGGGAAGAAGGCCUCCAAGACAGAUGAACAGGCUUCCAUCGCCAGCAUAACAGAGCUCCAAAAUCACCUCAGAGAUGCCUUGGAGAAGAACAAGCAGUGGCUGGAAUAUGACCAGCAGAGAGAGGCCUAUGUGAGGGCUAUUAUAGCCAGAAUGUUAUGGCUGGAGAAGCAGCUGAACGAAGCCAAUCAGGCCCGCUCAAAGCAGCACAAUGAAGAGCAUUCAGAUGAGAAGGAGCUAAUACGCCAGAUGCAGGAGCACUAUGAAAGACUCUUACAGAAAGCCAAAGAUGAGCUGGUCGUGCUCAGGGAGAAGGCCAGCAGCACCCACCAGAACGUGAUAACAUUGCAAAACUGGCACAGGGAAAGGGAAACGGAGAUGGAGGAGCUCAAGCAGCAGCUGCAUUCUGCAAAAAUGAGCAGUAAAAAUGAACCGGAAGAUCUUCAUUGGUCUGAGGAUGAAGCGCAACGGCUAAGAGAUGAGAGAAAACACCUCCAGGGCAGACUGGAUGCAGAGAAGCGCAGGUCAGCUAACUUUGAGCUGCAGGCAAAUCUCUUUCAGAAGUAUAUGUUAAAUCGUCAUCAUGCAGACCAAGAAAAGAUGGCAGAUCUGGAGCGACAGAUCAACAUUUCUUCACAAGACCUUAAGGAUGAGAGGCAGGAUUGUUCGUAUUUAAAGAAGCAAAUGGUGAGAGUCCUGAAGACACUGAAAAAAGCUGAAGGCCAUGUGACAAAACAGUCAAAGAGCCCGAUAUCCUCCACUCAGGGCAGCUUGCUGAAUGAAAGUUACCUGGAGUGUCCCGGCUGCCGCGCCGAGUAUCCUGCCAGUCACUACCGAGAACUGAUUAACCACCUGGAAAUCUGUCUCGACUGA